AUAUAAAAUCCGAAAUUUCUUUCAUAUAAUCGAAAAAUCGAACAAGAAGGCCAUGAAAAUAAUUGAACUCUGAAAGAAGCAGUCUUUUUAAUAUUUUAUAUCUAUAUUCGAAUUUGUGUUACAUCUAUGUAUGUGAAGCUAAUAUAUUUAAAAAUGAUCAAAAUAUUAUCUAAAAUAGCGCAAAAACUGACUAUUACUUCAAACGAGAAAAAACUUACUGAAAGCGAAUUGAAAGCUCUUCAAGAAGAAUUACAUACUCUUGAUCAUAUGAUACCUUUGGAAGAGUUAUGCCAGAAAUUAAAUACUCAUACACAGUAUGGUUUAACUGAAGAAGAAGCGGACAGACUUUAUCGUGAGGUGGGACCAAACGCUCUAACACCACCAAAAGUACUUCCAGAAUAUAUCAAGUUUAUAAAAUGUAUGUUUCAUGGAUUCGCUAGUUUAUUAUGGGCUUGUGCAUUAUUGUGUUUCGUUUUAUGUGGAGUUAGUUUAUUAACAGAAGGUGUAACUGGUGGCUCAGAAUGGUUAGGAUUUAUUAUUACUUUAAUCUGUUUAUUUUCUGGUAUUGCUGCAUAUGUACAAGAAACUAAGACUACAAAGGUAAUGCAAUCAUUCAAAAAAAUGGUACCGACUUUUGCAACAGUAAUACGUGGAAAUACUAAAAUUCGUUUACCAACUGAAAAUUUAGUCCCAGGUGAUUUAGUGGAAAUUAAAAUUGGCGACAAAAUACCAGCUGAUAUUAGAAUCAUCGAUUGUCAUGAACUUAGAGUUGAAGUUUCAAGUAUCACUGGAGAAAGUGAACCAGUACUUCGUUCAGAUAGUCCUACCGAUGAAAAUCCCUUAGAAUCUGCCAAUAUGGCUUUCUUUUCUAGCUUUGCUGUUUCUGGGAAUGGAAUCGGAAUAGUAAUAGCUACUGGUGAUCAAACAAUGAUUGGUCGCCUUGCUGGCCUCACGGCACAGCUUGAAAAAGUUGAAACACCAAUAGCUAAAGAGAUCAGACACUUUGUUCAAAUAAUUAUUACUAUUGCAAUAUUAUCUGGAGUGUUAUUUUUUGGAUUAUCGUUAAUGAUUGACUCUAAUUUAAUAAGAGCAGCUACUUAUUUACUUGGCAUUGUAAUAGCCAAUGUACCAGAAGUUUUAUUAGUAACUGUUACCACUUGCUUGACGCUAACAGCUCAAAAAAUGGCGAAUAAGAAUUGUUUAAUUAAGAAUUUAGAAGCAGUGGAGACUUUAGGAUCAACCUCUACUAUUUGUUCAGAUAAGACUGGGACUCUAACGCAGAAUAAGAUGACUGUAUCUAAUUUAUGGGUUGGUCACACAAGAUAUAAUUUUCCACCAGAUCGAAGAUUAGGUCUUGAAAGAACUUUGAUAAUAGAAAAAUCAGAUUUCCAAAGGCUGCUUAAAAGCGCCACUCUUUGCUUGCGUGCAGAAUUUAUCACGGAAGCCGUUUUAUUGAAACCUAUUGAAGAACGAGAAGUAAUUGGUGAUGCUUCGGAAACAGCUAUUCUCAGAUUCUGUGAACACUUACAUUCAACGGAAGAAUUUCGACAUAUGCAUCCAAGAGUUGCAGAGAUACCAUUCAGUUCAGCAACCAAGUUUUAUAUGUCAAUACACAAAGUUCAUGAUGGAUAUCUUAUGAUUUUGAAAGGUGCUCCAGAAGUAAUAUUAGACAAAUGUAAAACAAUAUUGACUGCGGAAGGGGAUACAAAAAAUAUGACACCGCAUGAUCAUGCAUUAUGUCGUAAAGCUUGUUCAGAAUUCGGUUAUCUUGGAGAACGUGUAUUAGCCUAUUGUGAUCUUCAUUUACCUCAUGAUACUUAUGGUCCAGAUUAUAAGUUUAAUACUGAAUCUCCAAAAGACUACAAUUUUCCUACGAAAAAUUAUAGAUUUGUCGGAUUAAUAAGUCUUAUAGAUCCACCACGGCCAGCUGUACCUGACGCUGUAGGAAAAUGUCGAACAGCUGGUAUUAAAGUAAUCAUGGUAACAGGUGACCAUCCUGUAACUGCGAUGGCUAUAGCAAAAAAAGUCGGUAUAAUAAGCGAAGGACACAUAAUCGCUUUUGAGCGAGAAGUAUUGGAAGGUGAAGCAAAAGCUGAACUAAAAAAAACAAUUUCUGUAAUAAGUGAACUAGGUAAAUUAGAUGGCAAUAGACGUGCUAUUAUUGUUACUGGUAUUGAAUUGAGAAACAUGGACAGCAAACAAUUGGAUGAAGUUAUAAAGAACAAUGAUGAAAUUGUUUUUGCAAGAACAUCUCCGCAACAAAAGCUACUCAUUGUAGAAAGUUGCCAGAGAUUGGGUGAAAUCGUUGCGGUGACUGGUGAUGGCGUAAAUGAUUCGCCAGCAUUGAGAAAAGCAGAUAUAGGAGUGGCCAUGGGUAUUAGUGGUUCUGAUGUGGCAAAGGAUGCAGCUGAUAUGAUCCUGAUGGAUGAUAAUUUUGCAUCGAUAGUAACUGGAAUUGAAGAAGGUAGACUGAUAUUUGAUAAUCUUAAAAAAUCUAUUGUUUAUACUUUAACAUCUACUGUGCCUGAAAUGUUGCCAAUGUUAAGUAGUAUUUUAUUUGCUAUUCCUUUGCCCCUUAUUCUUGAAAUGAUUCUUUGUAUAGAUAUUGGAACAGAUUUACUUCCAGCGAUAGCAUUAGCAUAUGAAAAACCAGAAUCCGAUAUAAUGCAACGGGCACCAAGAAAUCCACAAUAUGAUAGGCUUGUAAACAAACGUUUAAUAUCAUUAGCUUAUGGUCAGAUUGGAAUGACUCAGUCUAUGGCUGGUUUUUUUACUUAUUUUUUAAUAUUGAUGUUAAAUGGAUUUCUACCCGAUCGUUUAUGUGGAUUGAGAUUUGAAUGGGAGGAUAAAUCGAUUAACGAUUUACAAGAUUCUUAUGGUCAAACAUGGACUUAUGAUACUAGAAUGGAUUUAUUAAAUGAAGCUCGUACUGGAUAUUUUUUAUCUAUUGUUAUAACUCAAAUGAUAGAUUUAAUAAUGUGUAAAACAAGAGUUAAUUCAAUUUUACAACAAGGAAUGGAUAAUUGGUUUUUAAAUUUUUCCUUUAUUUUUGAAAUAGUCUUAACUGGUAUUUUAUUGUACGUGCCAGAAACUGAAAAAAUACUCAAAAUCAUGCCAUUGAGUUCUUACUGGUACUGGCCAUGUUUACCACUUGGUGCAUUUCUUUGGAUAUAUGAUGAACUAAGAAGAUUAUGUAUUCGUAAAUAUCAUCGUGGAAUUAUAUAUCAGGAAACUUAUUACUGAAUAAUUUAUUUAUAUUUAAAUUUUAUGACUAAUGUUUAAUGAAAUUAAUUAAUGA